CACGCAUUUGCGACAUUGACAUUUUUUUUCUUCUUAUCUUAAUGAUGAUGAGGGGACUCAUGAGGCCCUGAUGGUUCAGCUGAAGAUGAUCCGGUCAAACAUUCAUGGCUUUUUUUUCUCCUUGAUCAUUUGCACAGGUUGUCAUCAUACAGAUUGACGGAGACAUGAGCGUAGUGGAGACGAAUCAGCCAGGGUCUGGAUAAGCUGUCGUCAGAGGUCUAACCUAGACGGGUCCAACUGAAUCAAGUCAACCAGACCCCAGUCAACCCUGAUCCGGCCCAGACCGAUUAGCAGUCGAGGCCGGCCAAUUUUCAAUACAUACACAAGAACGUGGGGGCUGUAUAGCACAGCAUAGCUUAACGUUCGCAACCAGCGAGCAUUUCACACAGUCACGAGGACCGACCGUUGAGCAAAAAAAACUGGAGUGGCGGUGCAUCGGACAGUCUGAUUGACUCGCUGGUGUGCUCCCUAUAUAAGAGCCCCAGGCGAUCAGCUUAAUCUUUGCUCCCCAUCAAUCACCCUUAAGUACCACACAGCAGCAAACCAAUCACUAUAUCUAUUUACAACCAACUCCAACAAUAAUAAACACUCAAUCAUCAUGUCUGGCUACGGUUACAACCAAGGUUACAACCAACCCACCGGCGGCUGGCAACAAAACCAACAGUGCCAUCCCACCCAGCAGCACCCUACUCAAGGGGGUCACUACGGCCAGCAGCAGCAAUCUGGGCAAUACGGCCAACCUGCUCCCCAGAACUAUGGUAACGCACCGGGUGGGGGCUACCAAGCCCAGUCUUCAUAUAGUCAACCUCCUCACAACGGUCAACAGAACUACUCACAGCCGCAGAACCAGUACAACAACAGCCAACCGGGACCAGGCGGUCCAGCUUCGGGCCAAACGGGCGACCGUGGAAUGAUGGGUGCCUUAGGCGGGGGAGUGGCAGGCGGCUUGCUCGGAAAGAAGAACAACCACGGCUUCCUCGGUACCGUCGGUGGAGCCAUCGUCGGCAGCUUGCUCGAGGACGCCACCAAGAAGAAGAAACACGGCCACCACCAUUGAUUUCUCUUCUGUUCUCAAUUAGCCCUCUUUGCAGACCUCAUGAUCCAUCCAGCUCGUUAAAACUUCAAAAAGAAAAAAAGAUAAACAAUACACGAGACCUUGUCCUAAAAACCUUUCAAAAUACACGACGCUUUGUACCCCACCAGUCAUACUCAUGUAGCCCCUGGUCCAUCAUUUUCUUUGUUUGUGCUAAAAAAAAUCCAAUGAUCACAUGUCCGUUGCAGAAAUAACAUCAAGUCCCCAUGCAGUCUUGUAAGGCAUGAGAUGCUCAGAUCUCAGUUAUCAAUCGG